CAUGAACAAUCUGGUUUACCGUUGUUGUUGACAGGUGCAUUUGUUUAUUUAUCUGGUGUGAUAUUUUUCAAAUUAGAUGGUCAUAUUCCAUUAGCGCAUGCUAUAUGGCAUUGUUUUGUAUUCAUUGCAACAUUUUUACAAUUUAAUGCAGUGGAUACAUUUUUAAUAACAAAUUAA